AUGAUGAGCUCAAUGUUCAACAAGAUCAGGACUUUUCCUGAAUAUCAUGACUCCAAUUCUUCCAUUAUGGAAAAUAGAAAGCAGGAACAGAAUAUCCUUGAUCAAACAAAAUUAGCUUUUGGUGCCGAUUUUGAUCAAUUUAUCAAGAGCCAACCAGAGCCACUCAAAGACCCAUUAACUGGUGUUAACCAAAAUGGUAAUGCUUUGGCCGCCGCAAUUGAAGAAUUUCAUUCAAUCGGUGCUGCAUUGCCAGCUGAUUUCCACGUCUUUCUUGACUACUACAACGAAAAGAAGCAAAAGCUUUCCGAAACAGAAGCAAUCGAAAAGCAGGCUAACAAGGCUGAAGACAAUGCAAACGCCGCCGAACAAAAAGCAGCAAAGUCUCGCGAGAAAGGUGCUCCAGAUACAGCUAAGUUCGAGCAGUUAGCAGAGCAGGCAAGAAGUGCUGCAACUGAAGCUCGCCAGAACGCAACUACAGCAAGAGAAGCAUUUAAUCAGUACAACACUGAAUACACAGCCAAGUUUACUGAAUCAUUCGUCACAAUGAUGGAUGCAUUCCUCUCCAAGAGAGCUUCAGCCCUCCGUCAAUACGUCAACAUCGGUAACGAACUCUCAAACACUGUUCUUGGUUUCCACGAAUUUACAGACCCAACAAUCACCAACCUUGAACAGAGAUUAGAUAAUUACAAGAAAGUCGAAGUUUAA